GAGUGAGCAGAAAGGCGGGUGUCCACUCCCUCUCGCUCCACACAGCUUCAAUAAGCCCUUGAGGUUGGGAGCCUUGAUGGAAAAUUACCUUGUGACCAAGAGGGGAGGUCGAGUCAGACUCCGCUCGUCCUGAGAAGCAGCGGCAGCAUCAGCAGAAGCAGCAGCAUCAUCAGCAUCAGCAGCAGCAUCCGUAGCAGCAGCAGCAGCAGCAGCAGAGGGAGGAUGGAUUGUGCAUUCGGCUGAUCGAGGUAGAGGUCAUGGAGAAACUAAAAGGUCCCGCCGCGGGAUGCACCACGGGCACCUGUGGAUGGAGAGCCAUGCUUCUCCCGCAGCUGAACAGGCAGUCCCUGUACGUGUACGGCAGCGAGAUGGCCGUGGAGAAGGAGUGCAUCCGCCAGCUGCAGAGCGGAGUCUUUGUCAUCCACCCGUUCAGCCUCAUGAGGAGUUACUACAUCAUGUGCAUGAUGGCCAUCACAUUCUUGAACCUGAUCGGGAUUCCCAUGGAGAUAGCGUUUCUGGAUGGAAACAACGGGCUGGCGUGGGAAGGAUUUAACGUGUUUUCAGACACGCUGUUCCUGAUAGAUGUGGCUCUGAAUUUCCGUAUGGGCAUCAUAGCAGAGGACGGCGAGGAAGCUAUUCUGGAUAUCAAGCGGAUCCGAGUCAGUUACCUGAGGUCAUGGUUCAUACCGGACGUUAUCGCCGCGUUCCCGAUCGGCUACAUACUGCUGUUUGCGGACUUACAAUACCACAACGACGACAACCCGUCCAAGACCAACAAGAUGAUGAGGAUCCUGAUGUUCGUGCGGAUCCUCAGUUUGAUCCGGCUGGCUCGAGUGUCCCGGUUGGUCAGGUUCUUCAACGAAGUGGAGAAAGUGUCUAAUGCAAACUUGGAGGUGGUCCGUCUCUUCUUCCGGAUCUUGUCUCUGUUCAUGAUGAUUUUCCUGCUGUGUCACUGGAACGGCUGCAUCCAGUACUUCGUCCCCAUGCUGGAGGAGUUUCCCACCGACUGCUGGGUUCGGAAAGAAAACCUGAUGAAUGCCACAGUGAUCGUGAAGUACUCCUGGGGAGUUUUCCGUGCUCUCUCCCAGAUGGUCGCCCUCUCAUAUGGCUCCAUGGACGCACCAACAAAUUAUGUCGAAAUGUGGAUCGUCAUGGUCAGCAUGGUGUCGGGCUGUCUGAUGUACACCGUCCUCGUGGCCAACGCUACGACCAUGAUUGCUAACAUCGACCCGGCCGCCAAGGAGUACAAGAGCAAGAUGAGCCGUCUGGAGCACUACAUGACCUUCAUGAAGCUCCCACCAGAGCUGCAGCUUCGUAUCAGCAACUACUACCAGGCUCGCUACGGAGGGAAGUGGUUCCAAGAGAAGGACGUCAUGGACACGGUGUCCUCAGCGCUCAAAGAGCAAAUCCUGAUGGUGAUGUGCAGCCGGCUGCUGAGGAAAGUGCCAAUGUUUCAGGCCAGAGACGAAAACUUCAUCAACGCCGUCCUCCUCAAACUGGACUACGAGGUUUUCCUGGAAGGAGACGCCAUCGUCCGACAGAACGUCCCAGGCGACCGCAUGUUCUUCAUCGACCACGGCCAGGUCCUCCAGGAGACCGACUCCUACGAGAGGGAGCUGUGCGACGGAGACUUUUUUGGGGAGACAUGCGUGCUGACCAAAGGCAAACAUCUGGCCACAGUGAAGGCGCUGACCGACUGCCAGUGCUUCUCUCUAUCCUGCGACGACUUUCACGAUGUGCUGGAGGGCUUCCCAGAUGUCAAGAAGGACUUAGAAAAGAUGGUUCAGCUCAACUCAGAUGGUGGACUUGUGUAAGACCAAAAACAGUAUGUGGGACCUUUUCUUACUGUACGCAAAGGACAGGAGAUUUCCAUGACAUGUUAUGUGAUUAUGUGAUGGACAGUAGGACUGUUACUGAUUCCUCGUGAGGAUACGAGCUGGACACUGAUGAGCAUUUUAUUCUGACUGGUAUUUAUUCAGUCUUGUGAUCCAUCAGCAAUAAACAAAGACCUCAACAGUAGAGACGAUCAAACAUUUGAUCUCUGCUUCCUUGUUGAUGCUGCGAUUUAGCGUUGAUGUUUGGAAAGUCAAUGCAUACCUUAGUGACAAAACAAGAAAGGUUCGGUAAGCCUUAAAGUCUGGUUUCAUACAACUUCGGCAUUAUUUUUCGUAGCUUUGCCGAUUGUUUAUAUCAGUAAAAUUAUCGGUAUCGGCCCAAAAAUUCUGGGCCGAUACCGAUGUUUAAUAAUAAUUUGGCCGAGAGCCGAUACCAAUGUUUUUGUUAAUUUUGUUUUUGCUGUUAUUUAUUCCCAUUUUGUUGCCAGGGAAACAAAGACCUCUUCAUUAUAAAAAAUCAUUCAGCAUUUCAUUACACUGUCUUUGAAUGCAUUGGCAUUUUUAAUUUUAAUUUUUUAUCCAUCCGAGAGAACGACGCCUUCCGUGAUCUUUUAACUACGGACUAGUUGGCAGAACGCCGCCUGGGAGCGGAUGGAGAGCUCUGCUCUGCUGGAGCAGCCUCGGGCCUUAAUGCCUCAGCUGUCCUACGGCGGACUACGAUGCGGCGGCCCCGACGUGCUGCUGCACUCUGCUCACCCUGGACUGGAUGCCGGUAUCCCCACCCCUCGUUUGGACUGACAGGCUUCUAGUGACACAUUACGCACACACGAGGUUCGUUCAUCCAGACCGCAGUGAGUGUUUUUAAGAAAUCUUGUAAGUCAUUGUUUUACUGCUUCAUUUCUCAACGUUUUACUGACAAACAUCAUAAGGAUUCAUCGUCUGGGGACCAUGAAUGUCUGUACAAAAUU